CGGCACCCAACAGCAGAAAAUCGGGGCUCUCGGCAGUGUGUUUCGCGGCUCGCAGCAAGUUCCAAAUCGCGUCUCUCAUGGCUAUAUAAAAACAAUACGACACGCGAUAGCUAUACGAACGAAGCUUUUCAUCCGAAAGCUUUUCAUUCGAAAAUACGACAUUUUUCCUCACGGGAUUUUUAUGUGAAAUAAUUUAGGUGAAACAAAAAAAAAAUUAUAUAAAUGGAUAACGAGGCUAAUAGACCCACGGAAAAUGGGGAUGAUCCAUCGGUCUCAGCGGCUAUGUCAAAAACUACAACGAUUAGCACAAUUGCUGUCCAAAGUGGUGGAACCAGGAUUGUUAUUGCCUUACUCCAUUGUGGAGAUUGGAUACAUCUGAAAAUUUUGGAAAUAACACCGGAAUUGACUAGCCUAGGAAAUACACUCGCCGAAGCUUUGGAACUUCAAAAAGCUCACAAUGAAGUUUUACGUCAACUACAAAAUAAACAAAGUCCGGUUGAAGAACUGCUCAGACAAGCCGACCAGCUCAUCGCCACUCAGAGGCCCAGAGCUGAAGUAUAUGCUGCCAUGGCAGAAUCUCUUGGAAGAGCUUGGAGGGAUAUAAACUCAACAUUAGAACUCCGAAAGAUUAUUUUGGAUCUAAAUGUCCAGUACCAUACCAAAGCACAAGAGUUUUUCGAUAAGAACGAUGCCUUAGAGUCAGCCUGCUCCGACUCAGUUGUACCUGUAGAAAUAGAAGCUGUGAAAAGUUUUCUGACUACCAUACAUGAUUUAAGACGAGCAUUACUUGAAACAUUGAUGGGAACUUUACAAGUUGGAAACACAUUAUUGGGAAAAUUGAAAGAUCUUGCAGCCGAAGGCACACUCGAUUCGAGACCUGAACGAAUCCGAACUUCUGUUAGUAAAGCAAUAUCACAAGUACAAGGCUGGCUAGACGAAUUACACAUCAAAAGACAAAUCCUAGAAGUGACAUACUCCAGAAGAAAAACUCAGUUGGAGCAAUGUUUGGCUCUUGCCAUGUUAGCAGCCGAUCUCAAAGAAUUGGAUAGUGUUUUACAUAAUAGAAGAAAUUUGCUUGCAAAUAGUAAUCAGCUUGGCGAUUCGUCAGCUAGUGCUGAACUGCUUUUACACGAACACCGAAAAUUGUUGCCAGAAGCUAAGCAACUUCAAGAACGCGCUCUGAAAAUUACUAAGGCCACAGAACAGCUUGUGGCUUCUGGGUGUUAUGCUGGUGAACAAGCUACUCAACAAUCUUAUAUUAUUUUGUCAUCGACGUCCGAUUAUUUGAACGACUUACAGCAACGAGAAUCCUUAUUGGAAAGAGUAAUAGCGUUCUUUAGAACUUCACACAGUGUCCUAAAUAAACUUGAUCAGCUAGAAAUCCAAUUGAAAACCACAGAAAUCCCAAGGAAUUCACCAAAGCUUGCAGACCUUCACGCUCAAUGUGCCAGGACAAUUGAAGAGUCAACUGCCGCUCCCAUUGCUGAGGGGUAUGCUAUUUUGGAUUCGGUUGGAUAUUCAGGAGGCGCAGAAGGUAUAAAGAAAAUGGUUCAGGAAUUGGAAAACACGAAAAUUGUUCUGGAGAAUCUUUGUACAGCUCAUAAAGAAGAAAACCAACGAGUAACGGCAGCUCUGAAUAACUUCUUGGACAGGCACAAUGAAAUUUAUGACUGGUUGGUUACCAUAGCUGAAGCCUUUUUGCAAGGCCACCAGGAUAUGGGUAGCGAUUUGAGGCUAGCGGAGGACUUCUUGCAGUUGCAUGGCCAGUUGCAGAACGAUUUGCAGACCAAAGGAAACGAAAUUAAUCAGCUGCUGCUCACCUUACCUCCAAUCUUAGAAUAUCUAGACGAAAAUCAAAGACGAGAUGUGGAUUCGAAAGUAGAGGGGCUUCAUAACCGAUGGAUGAAGUUGAAGAGUUUGUUGGAAAAUCGAUUGGAUCUUGCUAGGAUUUAUGUCAAAUUUCAUAUGGAAGCUGAUAUUGUUCAAAGUGAAAUGGAUGUUCUUGAAGAAUUAAUUAGAGGCAGAAAAUACGUUGAUGAAGAAACCAUGCAGUAUAUUGAAGAAAAAUUCGAAUCUUUGCUACCAUUUUAUCAAUCUGCUAAGAAUACUGGGUUGACUUUUAUUAAUGAAUCCAAGAGGAUCUCUGAGCCUCAUCUCGACGCCCAGCGUGCCCGUAAGUGCGUCGAGUCCGUGUUGGAACGUCUUUCGGGACGGCAAUUGAAUGUAACGAAAUCCUGGCAAUCCUUCCGUGACGAGGUGGUCGAAAAACGUGAAAUCCUUAUUAGAUUGGAGAAGACAAUGGCAGAAAGUACAAAGACAAUCAGCUGGGUAUCCAAACUAGACUCGCAACUUUAUCCAGUAAUAACUACGCCAUCGACAAAGCCCAGUGAAAUUGUAGUGCAUCUAGAAGGAAAAUUGGAAACUGUACUUCCCGAUAUUCGGAAAGCGCAGAACGAAGUUGGUCAAAAAAUUAGGAGUGCUGAGGAGUUGAUUGCUAAAGCUGGAGCCACAGAUGAAAAAACUGUUGCUGUAAAAAGCAAACUAAACGAAUUGAGCCAAAAAUUGGUGGAAAUUGCUUCGGAAUAUCAGAUUUUAUUACAGGUUCUUAUUGGCUAUUUCAAAAACCUAGAAGAAAUAGACAAAAAAGCUGAAAACCAUAAUGCUCAAUUACAAAAAAUCCAACCACCCAAAGCCUUGCAAGAAAUAGAAACAAUACUCAGAGACUCAGAAGUAACAAGGGAAACCAUUUUAGAACGUUUUAGAUUUGCCCAGACUGAAUGUGAGCAAAUCGAACAGAGAAUCCGAAAACAGGAGCCGUCUGAGGCAGCUCAGCAAGACAUUGAGAAAUUGCAACAUGUCAUAGAGCUUAGAAGAUCAGAAUUCGAGAAUCAGUGGCGCCAAACACACGAUGUGCUCAAAACUUACAGAAAAGUAAGUGAAUUCAGUAAGGAAACUAAUGAAAUUAGGAAAAGUAUCAAGGAAGUUAGUUCUCAAGUCAUUGAAAUAAGAAGCCAGGCUGGAGAUUCGUUAAGUGCUUCUAAAGCUGCUAGUGAUAACAUUAAACAGUUUACUAGAGUUAUGGAGACACUAGAACUCCGCAUAAUAAAAUUGAACGACAUUGGUGAAAAACUACAAGAAGAAUGUCCAGCAGAAACUCCUCAAAUUCAAAAUGAUAUUUAUGAAGUGGAAUCUCAAUGGAACGAAGUCAAAAAUCAACUUAAUGAUACUAAGCAAAUUCUCGAUAAAAAUGUUAAAUAUUUCGAGUUAGUUGAAGAGGCUAAUGAAUGGUUUAAGGAAGGAAGUAAGCUUCUUGUUGCUACAGCUCGCAAAUCAACAUCGGUAAAACAACCUGAAGAAGCCCAGGAACUUCUACAAGAAAUAAAGUUGUUCCUCGAGCCUGGCGAAGCUAAACAAUCUGAAAGAAUUGAAGAAAUUUCAAGCUUGGCCCGACAAAUUUAUGGCCAAAAUGAAACUAAUUACGCUCCCGUGAUAACAGGAAAUAAAGAGAUGAUUGAUUCGUUUAUCUCAAUAAGUAAAGAGCUAGCGCAGCUUUCCAAGAAUUUGGUUGCAGCUGAACAAGAGAAGCAAAAAUUACUUGAAGAACAAGAAGAAGCUAGAAAGGCUGAAGCAGCAAGAAGGCUUGAAGAGGAACGUCUAGCUCAAGAACGGCUUCUAGCUGAAGAAAAAAGAUUAGCUGAAGGAGCUCGUUUAGCAGAAGAGCGAAAGAGAGCCAACGAAGCGCAAUUAGCUGAGGAAAAACGUUUGGCUGAAGAAAGCAUUCAAGCCGAAAAACGUAAAUUGGCCGAAGAAGCGAAACAAGCCGAAGAAAAACGCUUAGCUGAAGAGAAACGUUUAGCUGAGGAAGCAAGAUUAGCUGAACACCGCCAUAAAGAACAAGAAGCUCUAUUAGCGGAAGAAUCUAAAAAAGUUGAAGCAGCUAAGCUCGAAGUCGAACAACUGAAAUUGCAACAAACUCAAUUCCUCGAAGAAGCUAAAAAAGCUGAAGAAGAAACGCGAAGGAAACUUGAAGAAGACAGAUUGAGGGAUGAAGCUCACAGAGCAGAACAAGCUCAAGAGCUUGAAGAAGAAAAACGCAAAAUCGAAGAAGUAAAGAUUAGCGAAGAGAGGCGACUUAAAGUGGAACAAGAUAAAUUAGAUGCGGAGAAACUGCGGCUAGAAGAAGAAAAAGUAAAAGCUGAACAAGCCAGAUUGGAAGAAGAGAAAAAGAAAGUUGAAACAGAGAAAAAAAUAGAAGAUUCAGUCCAAAUAAUAGAAAUCAAAGAAACUCACAUGGUAGAAUCUUUCCAAAAAGAAAAAAGCCCCAUGGUAGAAGAACCACAAGAGUCCCCAGUGUUUACUACGCCACUUAGUGACGCUGUGAUACAAGAAGGCUCUAAAUUCAACUUUAUUUGCCAAGUUUCUGGUAACCCAAUACCACAUGUCACAUGGUUCAAAUCCGGAGUGCCUAUACAAAAUAAUCCAGAUUAUCAUACAUCAUUAGAAAAUGGAAUUUGUUCUUUAACCAUCGAAGAAACAUUUGCAGAGGACUCUGCUAAAUAUACUUGCAAAGCUACCAAUGAACACGGGACGGUUGAAACUUCUGCCAUGUUAACUGUCAAAGAAACUGAACCAGAUGAACAACUAGUUGCGCCUAGUUUUGUGAAAAUGCUUGAACCGGGAGUCGCAAAAGAAGGAGAGCCAUUUCAGUUUCAGUGCAAAGUCGAAGGCAACCCUUUACCAACGGUGCAGUGGUUCAAAGAUGGUGAUUGUAUCGAUAAUAAUCCUUAUUAUAGCAUUAGUUAUAAUAAUGGUGAGGCUAUUUUGAAGAUGGAAGAGAUUAGUUUGGAUGAUAAAGCUGAGUAUAGUUGUAAGGCUGCCAAUGAGAUGGGGACUGCGCAGAGCACAGCAAAUUUGAUUGUAACAGCCCUGGAACCAGCAGAGGCUCCUGUUUUUACCACUCCGCUAUCAAACGUGAUGGCUCGGGCGGGCCAAAAAAUAAAAUUGGAGUGUGAAGUUUCGGGUCUGCCUCCGCCGAUUCUGACCUGGUCGCACAACGGAAAAGCUGUGAGGGAAACGAGAGAAACUAAGUUGCAAUUCGAAAAAAACAAAGCAACCCUCGUAGUUUUAGAAGCCUUUCCCAAAGAUGCAGGUACCUACACAGUAAACGCUCAAAACGUUGCCGGAGAAGCUUCUUCUAGCUCCACUGUUAACGUCAAAGGACGUCUACCUAACGAAACCUCAGACAGCGAAUUAGCCAGCGAUAUGGAGCCAGUUAAACCAUCUAUUCAGCUAGCACUGACUAACACCACAGCUAAGGAAGGCGACAAAGUUCGUUUAGAUUGUGUCAUAGUUGGCCAGCCCGAACCGGAAGUUAUUUGGUAUCACGAUGGUAGACCUGUAAAGGAAUCUACAGAUUUUCAAUUGCUUUUCCAAGGGGAUAGAUGCUCGCUUCUUAUACAGGACGCUUUACCAGAAGAUGCUGGAGAAUAUAAAGUCGUUGCCCUCAAUUCCGCUGGAGAAGCUUCUAGUCAAUGUAUACUUUCUGUAGAACCAAAAGAGGAGGAAGAGGAGGUUCCUGGAAAACCCAGUGGAACUCCGCCUAAGUUUGUGAAACUUCUUGCAGAUAUUUUGGCAGCUGAAGGAGACAAAGUUACUUUUGAAGGUAACGUCAUUGGUGAACCCAAACCAGAUCUGAAAUGGCUUCUAAACAAUAUUCCCAUAACCGAUACAGAACAUUUCAAAACCGAUAUCGACCAGGAAGGCAACUUCAAAAUCGAAAUCGAAAACGUACGAGCCGAAGACAAAGGAGUUUACACUGUCAAAGCUUUCAAUCCUGCAGGUGAAGCCAAAUGCUUUGCUCAACUCAUAGUAAAGUCCUCAAAAUUAGCUGAAACUGCUAAACCGUAUGAAGAAGUGAAAAGUGCUCCAGUUUUCAAAGAACUGUUCAAUGAUAGAGUGGCAUUUGAAGAUACCCCCACUAAGUUUGAGUGUAUUGUUAUUGGGAAACCAACUCCCAAAAUUAAGUGGUUAUUUAACGGAAACCCAAUUGCGGGUGAAGGUUUUUUGAUAUCCACGUCAGGCGAUUGGCAAGUUUUGAGCAUUCCUAGUUUGAAGCCAGAGCACCAAGGAACCAUUACCUGCGUAGCUGAAAACGAAGCGGGCAAAGCUAGCUGUGCAGCUUCAUUAACUAUACAAUCUUCCUCGGAUAUUGUUUUGCCUGAAAAAAUAUUAUCCGCUUCAUCAGAUUUACAGUUUAUACCGACUGAUCUGAAGCAGCAUGUAGAAACGUCUUAUUCAGUGAAUAGAGAAGUCGUAACUCAAUCAUCUACAUCAUCUUCUAGUAAACUAAUGUCAACUACAAUAGGAGCCAAAGAGCCACAUGUAGAAGAACACAAAUCUGUUAAACAAGAAUUGCAUUCAUUCAAGCAAGUUAACCAAGACCAGCCACAAGUGCAAAAAACUCAGAAAAUCGAAGAAUAUCACAAAAUUGGCAACGAACCUCCUGUCAUUAGUGAGAAAACCUAUAUUUUUGGUGACCAAGCAGAUUCUACAAAUCAAUUUAAAUCCUUAAAUCAACAACAACAACAACAACAACGGCAUAUUAUAUCUACAAAACGUAUAGCGAGACCCCCAAGAUGGAUUUCUCCAGUCAUGGGCAAAAUUAUUGAUCAAAACGUUGACGUUGUUUUAGAAGGUAUAUUAGAUGGCCAACCACCACCAGAAGUAACGUGGACCAAAGAUGCAAAAGACCUAAUUCAAAGUGAUAGAAUUACUAUUACUUAUUCGCUUAAUAAGACCACAAUAGAAAUUAAAAACGCUAAUGUUGGUGAUGCUGGACGUUAUACUUGUACGGCCAAAAAUGAAGCUGGGACGGCUGUCAGUACUGCUGAUUUAGUUGUGAGAAAGACAGUAUUUCCUCCAGUAUUCGGCAGACGCCUUCAAGCGCAAGUUGUUAAAAAAGAUGACAGGAUUAUUAUGGAAGUUGAAGUUACUGGCACUCCAGAACCUACUAUCACUUGGUUGAAAGAUGGAGUUCCAGUUAGAGAUGUUUUGGGAAUUCAGCCAAAACUGAGAUCUAUGGGGCAAGGGCAUACUCUGACACUUGAUAAAGCUGAACUUCGUCAUACUGGCCGCUACACGGUUAGAGCAGUUAACGAAGGAGGUGAAGCUCAAAGUAUCGCCGAUAUAGCUGUUUACGAACCUACCCCCGAUACGAUGGUGGAAGUUGUUAAAACUGUAGUAUUUGAGGAUGUAAAGAAGCAUGAAACCCUGGCAUCUACCGCUGACAAGACCUCGUCAACUAUUAGUACGAUCGCGCCGAAAGUUGAGGUGACACCAAUUCGAGACGAAAUUUCCAAGUCCUUUAAGUCCACAUCCGAAACUACUUCCACUGUAGAACAAAAAACCUCCCAACAGUCGCAAACUUAUAAGCUCGAACAUAAAAUGCCCGAUAUUCCCAUGCCCAAGCCUAUUGAUAAAAAAUCCAGUUACGAAAAACAAUCUAAUUAUGAAAUAUGUCAUGGAUUAGGUCAUGAUGGUAAACAAGAAAUUAUCGAGGAGAAAAAGACUGUUACUGAAGAAGGCGGUAUUGAAACUAGUUCAAUUAGUAAAGAAUCAUCUCUGCAAUACUUUGUUAAGAAAAUUAAAGAUGGAGAAGUAGCUCCAGUUAAAGAAUUUCCUUUAGAACCAGUUCAGCCAAUUAAAAAAGAAAUUUUUGAAAAAUUCAAUAUUCCAGAUUCUAGUCCAACUACUAUCCCCAUAAAAAUUGAAACUCCUACUCCUUUCACUGAAAUUAAAACUUAUGAAAAAAUAUCCACACAAGCACCAAUAACUCAAGAAUUCUCAUCAUCCACUUCUUCGAAAGAAGUUACCCAUGAAUUCAAAUCAAUACCCUCAACUCAACAAAUUAAGACUGUUUCCUCCACUCUAGAAAAAAUAUCACAACCCAUUAAACAAGAAUAUAAAUCUCAUUCGAUAACAACUCAGCAGGGCUCUAAGCCAUUUACCCAAGAAUAUUCGUCUUAUUCAUCCACUCAACAAAUAUCAGAACCUCAAGAAUAUAAAACGUUUGCCUCGGAAAUUAUUCGAGGAUUUGAUCUUAAGCCAGAACCUCCAGCUGAAAUUUGUUAUGCUCCAAAAACAGAAACCACAAUAAAAAAAGAAACCGUUUGUGAUCGGGCGCAUAAAAUAUCAGAAAGUUCUAAAGAUUUGCCCGCCCAUGAAGUACCACGUGGUGGAGUAAAAAUUUUGCCUUCUAUUGACAGUUCAAGCGAACGCAAAGAAUUUUCGGAGAAAACUGAAAAAUCCUAUCAAAGUUCUUCGUAUCAAACAUCAUCAUCAUCUUAUUCGCGUACAUUUGAGUCAAGACAAACACCUGAAAUGACACAAAAACUAACUAUAGAAAGACCAGUUUCUGCUGCCUCGUCAAGUUAUUCUACAGAAAGACAAAGCUACAGCCGCCCCUUGUCUGCCAUGUCAGGCGAACCAUCAAUGGAAGGACUUCAAAUGGAAAAACAAUGGGCUCACAAAUUUUCAGAUUUACACACAGAAAGAUCGUGGCCAUCAGAGCCUAAAGCAUCAACCUGGAGUACUCAAACUACAUUAGAAAAAAGUUGGGCCCCUGUAGAAAUGAAAUCUGAGAAACUCGUUCAAGAAAGCAGGACUUUUUUAGACAAAGCUCCAGUUCACUACGUGGGGGAAGUGACACGACUAGAAACUACAGUAAAGGAGCCAAGUAGUCAAUCAUAUUCUUCAUUCAAAUCUGAUCAUGUCCUUGAAGAAAGUAAUCUUAAGCCGUCUUUAAGAUCGUGGCCUCCACAAGCGGAUUAUACUCACCCAACGCUAGAAUCUUUACCCAUAAGACCAGUAUCUGUUCAAGAUAUUACCGAUGAAGUUAUUUUGGAACCUGGUCCGCCACCAGAAAUGGCUUAUGCACCACCUCCAAAAGAACGUAGACGUUCUUAUGUAGAAACAAUUGAGCAAGAGCUUGAGCAAGAAAUACAACGAGAGCCAACUAAAGUUCUCCCCUGUGCAGUUCGCACUAUUCCUCCUCCAUUGCCGCCCAAAAAAGAAUAUCCUCAAGCUCCCCCGAUUCCCGCUAGACCUGUGAAACCUAUGCAAACUAAACCAAAAAAAGAGCUACCAUCUGUACCUUUUGAAAAAUUUCCCAAUUUAGAACCAUUUCCGUUUAGGCCUGAGCCUGAACGGCCAAAACAUGGCAAAACUGGGCCUCCACCAACGCCUUCAAAGUUUAUUAGAGGAAGAUUCACGGAUAGUGAUUACGAAAGUGAUUUUGAGGCAGUUAGAAUUCCUGCUAAAUGGAGACCUUCGAUGAGCGAUACUGAUGAGCCGCGUUAUAGACAUGUAAAACCUCCUCAACCAGGCUCAAUGGUUAGAUCGAGAUCGCAAGAGCCAGAACCUUUACCGCCUUCAAAGUUCGAUCAUCCUCCUCAAUUUCAAGGCCCUCCAAGACCCGAUGUAAAUUUUGAGGAAUUCAGACGCAAAAAGGAUGCUUCGCAAAUUAAGAGAAUGACAAAACAUUUCGAGCAGGUGAAACGUGAGGUAUCACCUCCGAAAAUAGAGCCUGCGAGUCCUCCCACAUACGUUUACCCUGCCGCAGAAAAAAAACCCGAAUCCCCAAAAGCCAAAAAAAAAUUUGUCAUUGACGGUUAUAUGGCUGAUACGGACGAACCAUUCCAACAACGAACCAUCAUGAAAACGACUGAACAUUUCAAGGAAGAGCGGACUGAAUCCAAGCACAUGUCCCAAUCUAGUCAAAAAAUUAUCGAAACAUCCACCUCGACCCAAAAACCCACAAGAAUUUCCAAAUUCCCUGCCAAGAAGCAUCAUCAGUCAUCUGUUUCUUCUUCAUCUAAGAAGGAAUUCAUCGCUACCCCAAUUAUUUCAAAUCAAACCAAGCAGCAAUACAUGGAGGAAAUUCAGAAAGAAAGUCAAUAUCAGUCAUCCUUUAAAUCAGUAGCACCACCUGUCAGCCCUUCAAAGUUCAUCAAACAAGAAACAAUAAGCGAUUACGAAAGCGAUUAUGAGAGACGAGUACCACCAAUUUGGAGCCACCCUACUGAAAAACAAUACAAACCUGUGCGGCCUGUAUUAACUCCCACUCAUCAACAAUAUUAUCAGCCUGGCAGGACCCCAACACCUGCAACAGAAUUCGAAAGACCAAAGUUUGCGCCUAUCGAGAGAAUCACUCCAGUCCCUAAGUCGGCACUAUUCAAGCCUAAACCAAUGCCUGCGUCAGUAACUGAUGUCAUUGUUGCUACUCCUGCAGUACCAAUAAUACCACCCCACACUGCCUAUAUCGAACCUGGUCCGCCUCCGGAGUUUGGUUACGCACCUGGACCAAACAGGACUCAGUAUUAUAAGUCAACUACAUCUGCUCCUUAUCAGAACGCUGUCCAAACUGAAACUUCCAACGUAAUGCACUUUGACGAAUCCACAGACAACUGCAAAAGGACAAUGAGCGUUCAACAGACUCAUAAAAUUAUAAAAUUUGGCGACCAGUACAGAAAGCAAGAGCAAACUAGUAAAUUGGCACCAUUUCCGUUUUCUCCAGAACCGGAACGUCCUAGAAGAGCUACUAGUGUACCUCCACCAACUACCCCAAGCAAAUUUAUUCCUGGAGAGUUUAGGGAAAGCGAUUAUGAGAGUGAAGUUGAUUCAGCUAAGAUUAAGCCCAAAUGGACACCAGGUGGUAGCGAUACGGAAGAUUUACAUUACAGGCGGGUAAAAGCACCAACGCCAUCGAGAGAUUAUUAUGAUGCCUACGCUAGUCACCAGCAAAAAGUUCAAACACCAAUGGAUUUUGAUAAAGGACCUGCUCGUAGUACUACCACCACAACAACAGAUUAUACAGAUGGCGAAACAAGACGUCAGUAUAAGAAAUUUUCUGAAAGUGGCUCGAAUCAGAUUAUGAAACGUAGCCAGUCCUACGAGCCACCAGCUAGAUUACAACCUGAGCCUCCACCACAAUACGGUUACCUUGCUGACCAAAGAAUAACCAAAACCACAGCAACGAAAUUAGCUUCACAUCAUAUGGAUAGUAUGACGAAAGAUUUCAAAUCAAAGACCCAACAAUUUGUCCAGGAUAUCGUUAGUGACGUGAAUAAAAAACAUCAUCAGCAGAAACCCAUCUUGAAAACUGGAACUGAAAGCGAUGCUCAAGUUUAUAGAGAAGAAUCUAGAGCUAUGAGUCAUGGUACUAAACAUGUGGAUCCCGACACUGGCCUAAUAUACUUCAAAUACGACUUUGGUUACGAAUUCGGCAUAGUACUGCCAGGCGAAUCAAAGUCUGGCGAAAUCCCAGUUCCCAAAAAGACCAUUAUCGAGCCCCCGAAACGAUCAUUUGACAUUGAGAUGCCCGUUUAUCAUGAAACAACACACCACAAUAAUCAUGUGAACAAUCAUCACAAUUCAGCACCCACGCCCCAAUUCAAGCCCAAAAAGUUCACCACCAAAUGGGACCCGACUUCCGAGAGCGAAAUGUCAGAAUCCGAAGGCGAUUGGAAGAGGAAAUCAGGAUUAUCUUCACAAGGUUCGCGAUGGGAACCUUCGUCGUGUAGUCCGUAUUCGUUGUCGCCUAGUUUGCCUAGUACUUCUCCAGCUUUUAAUCAUACUUUUGCAGAUCCACCAGGUGUACAAACACCUCCAAGUCGUUCUAGUACUCCAGGAACUACUAGACUGAUAAGACCUGGGCAACCGAGGGCUCCGAUGUUCAUAACGCCUCUACGUGAUAUCGCUGUCAUGAGCGGUCAAACAGCCAAAUUUGAAUGCAUCCUACAGUCCGAGCCUCCCUCAAAUAUUUUGUGGUCGAAAAACGGAAGAAUCAUUCAAGAUUCAAACGAUUACCAGAUCCAUUUCAGGAACGGCGUUUGUAGAUUAAUUAUUACACAAGCUUAUCCAGAAGAUGCUGGGACCUAUUCGUGUACAGCAACAAACGCCGUAGGUAGUACCAAUACAACGGCAAACCUACAAGUACCAGGUGAGAGAAGAUCUCAAUAUCUUAAGUAGAUAGAGGGAAAAUAAUGGUUGGUGGUGGUUUUAACGCAUUAAUAACCCACAGGGAUAAUAAAUGAUGUCUCGAAUUGUAAAAAAACUCACUGCCUGAUAAUGUGCCUUGAUUAUUCUUAUUUUUAGUAUACCUACUCAUUAUUGUGCUUUUUAUGAAUUGUUAAAUAAUACUCCUUCAUAGUCAUAACGCAAUUCAUUCUGGUCAUUAUUUUUUAGUUUCAAUUAUUGUACUUAAUUUUGUUUUUUGUUCUUGUACUUGUAAAACAUUAAGUGUGAUGCCUAUUGUAUUAGUUUUUUCAAAUCCAUUUAUUUAUUGGAAGAUUGAAAUGUGUAUCUUCUUUUUUUGAAUUAAAGCUUUUUGCAAAAAUAA